AAUUGCGCCAGCGGAACAGGCAAGUACCCAACUUUAUCAACCGCGUAUAUUACACACCAGGCAACAAGGGAGGCCAAUAAUCAGGGCCGGUGGCAGAUAAAAAAAAACAAAAAAAAAAAAAAAACCAACACCACUCGCACUCCCUCCGUCCGAACUCUUCCUCAUUCGUAACGUCGCAAGAAGCUCAGUAGCCCCCCUUCCCAUCUCUCUCUUCCACUCUCUUCCGACCGCCGCCGCCGCCCAGAAUGACUGUCGACGUCCAAUCCCUCCCCACCGUCUUCGACCGGCCGGUCCACAUUGCCGUGAUCGGCGGCACCGGUCUGUCCUCGCUCCCGGGCUACCACGCCGUCGCGGCCCUCUCGCCGAGCACGCCGUGGGGCAACCCGUCGUCGCCGAUCCUGAUCCUCGAGCACGCGGGCGUGCCGGUGGCCUUCCUGGCCCGCCACGGCCUGCACCACCAGCUCGCGCCGCACGAGGUGCCCUCGCGCGCCAACAUCGCGGCGCUCCGCUCCAUCGGCGUGCGCACCGUCAUCGCCUUCUCCGCCGUCGGCUCGCUGCAGGAGCACAUCAAGCCCAUGGACUUUGUCGUCCCGGACCAGAUCAUCGACCGCACCAAGGGCGUCCGCCCCUUCACCUUCUUCGAGGGCGGCGUGGUCGGCCACGUCGGCUUCGCCGACCCCUUCGACGCCCGCCUGGCCGCCGUCGUGCGGCGCUGCGCCGCCAGCAUGCGCGGCGACGGCGUCGUCCUGCACAGCGGCGGCACCGUCGUCUGCAUGGAGGGGCCCCAGUUCAGCACGCGCGCCGAGAGCCACAUGUACCGCGCCUGGGGCGGCUCCGUCAUCAACAUGAGCGCCCUGCCCGAGGCGAAGCUGGCCCGCGAGGCCGAGCUGGCGUACCAGAUGAUCUGCAUGGCCACCGACUACGACUGCUGGCACUCGACCGAGGACGUCGACGUCGCCAUGGUGAUGAAAUACAUGGCCGCCAACAGCGAGAACGCCAAGCACCUGGUGGGCGCCGUGCUGGACGAGUUAUGCAAGCAGGAGAACAGCGAUCUGGUGCUCGCCAAGCACUGGGAAGGCAGCGCUCAGGGGGCGGUCAAGUUCAUGACCAAGCCCGCCGGACGGGACCCCGAGGCGAUGAAGAGGGUCGAGUUUCUGUUUCCUGGAUUCUGGAAUGAAUAAAAAACGGCGCGGUCGGCUUCUUUUGGGGACGAGUUCUCCGGUUGGGCGUCUUGGGAAGGGUGGCAGCACGGAUUGAUUGAUAGACCAAGUCCGAGAGAUAGACUUUGUCGCUAGGAACAUAGAUAUAUAUCUAUAGACCAGUUGCCUGACAGGCCAUGGUACGACGCGAGGCGGUAACUUCUCCGGCCAGCGCUGUCCGAGACAUGCAUUCCCAAAGUAUGUUAUG